GAAGGUGCGCGGAGGCCGGCGCGGGCGGGCGGGCGGGCGGCAGGCCCGGAGGGAGGCAGCGCGCAGCCGGACCAGUCGCGGCCCCUCCCGGCGGCCGGGGGAGCGCGGGGCGCGGGCCUGAGCGCCUCCUUGGCUCUGCCCGCAGGUCCCGGGCGCCGCCCUCGCCCCGCCGCCGCCCCGGGUCGGAGCGCGGCGAGGAGCCCCCCAGGAGUCGGGCCCGCGCCCCCGCCCCCGACAUGGUGGGCCACCUGCAUCUGCAGGGCAUGGAGGACAGCCCCACGGAGCGCGGCCGCGAGGGCCUGCUCGACAGCCCCGACUCCGGGCUGCCCCCCAGCCCCAGCCCCAGCCCGCCCUUCUACUCCCUGGAGCCCGGCCUCCUCGACGCGCGCGCGGGGGGCGCCCCCUCCGCGGAGCCCCCGGGACCCGGCGCUGGCGAGGCCAGAGCGCCCCCGCCCCUCCCUCCGAACCCCCCGGCUCUGGAGAUGAGGCCCCGGCUGCUGCCCGUGUUCUUCGGUGAGGGCAUCGAGAUGAACCCAGAACCUGCCCACGAGAUCCGCUGCAACUCGGAGGUCAAGUACACCUCGGAGCAGCACUUCCGGGACAACGUGGUCUACGCGCACGUGCCCACCGUCACGGCCUACAGCGAGACCAUCGUGGCCGCGCCCAACUGCACGUGGCGCAGCUACCGCAGCCAGCUGACCCUGGAGCCGCGGCCGCGCGCGCUGCGCUUCGGCUGCACCACCAUCAUCUUCCCCAAGCGCGCGCGCCGCUCCUUCCGCACCACCCUGCACUGCAGCCUGGGCCGCGCGCGCCGCCGCUUCACCGCCAGCGUGCAGCUGCAGCCGGGCGCGCCCCCCGAGACGCCCGCGCCCCCCGCGCCCCCCGCGCCCUCCGCGCGCUAGCGCCCCGCGGGAGCCCUGGGCGCCGAGGGCGCGCCCCGCCGGCCGCUCCAGCCUGGCGGGCGCGGUGGAUGCCUCCCGUCUCUGGGCCCCUGAGCGCAGGGCGGCGCCGGGAGGGCGCGCACCAGGCGGUGGCGGCCCCAGGGCCGGGCCGAGGAGGAGCCUUGGCUGGGGGACCUGCUGCCGCGCCCCCGCCCCCCGCUGCCCGGGGCUGGUGGCCUGGCUCCUCGGCCGGGCGGGCGUGACGGAAGAGGGGUGCUGCCCAGACACCCGCUGCUCCCAGGGGUGCGUUUCCAGAUGUGCCGGCCGCUGCGCCCGAGGCGGAGGCCGCGAUGGCCCCUGGUGGACGUGGGGCCGGGAGGCCGGGCUGACCGGACGCUGAGGCGGGGCAGGUGUUGGUUCUAACGUGUCUGGGCUGUUCCGUGCCCGGGGCCCCCGCGUGGGAGGUUGAGGCACAGCCCUCCGGACGGAGGCCUUGAGCUCAGGGUGCGGCCCCUACCCGCCGGCAGCUGCGCAAGGCCUUCCGACCAGGACUCCCCGACAUGGAGCCUUCGCGCCAGGGCCCCGCGGGGGCAUUGAGGUCUCGGGAGUGUCCGCUGCCACCUGCCUGAGGUCGGGCCCAGCUGUUGGCUUCGAGGGAGGCCGUGGGGGCCGGGCCGCCCCUGACCCGACGGUGGCUCUGCAGUGACUGUGCCUCGGGUCCCCCUCGCGCGUGCCCCGUCAGGAGAGGAGGCACCAGCCAGGACGCGGGCUGGGGGCGCACAGGCCCAGGAGCCCCGAGGUGUCUGUGGGAGCACCCGGGGGGUAGGGGCCCCCCGCACCCCUCCCCUGAGCGCCCCCCGAAGGCAAGAGCUGGGGCUUUAGCGCCUCCCGCUGGCGAGCUGGGGCCUGGGCGCUCCAGUCCAGGAGAGGGAAGAGGAGUAUGUUUCUCAGUAUGUGCACUCGGCGCGUGUUCUCUCCAGAGAUGCUUCCGGUUAAAGAAAUAACUUAAGAGUCGGGAAUCUUAAUAAAACGUGCAAAUGCAAA